CUACUCAUUCUUGAAUUCACAAAAAAAAAAAAAAAAAAACAAAUCAUAUUUCUUUUGUUAUUCAACAUGGUGACUGUUUCAAAACCUCUUAUUGAACAGUUUCUUGUGAAACCAAACACAAGCCCCUUAGUCAUCCCAGAUAUCCCUCUCAUUGACCUAUCAAAACCUGAGUCAAAACAACAUCUUGUUAAGGCUUGUCAAGAUUUUGGAUUCUUUAAGGUGGUCAAUCAUGGUGUUCCUUUAAAGUUUAUAAAUAAACUUGAAUCAGAAGCUGUCAACUUCUUCAAUUCUCCUCUUGCUACUAAAGAAAAGUUCGGCCCACCCGACCCGUUUGGCUAUGGGAACAAAUGCAUUGGGAGAAAUGGGGAUGUGGGUUGGGUUGAAUACCUUCUUCUCAACGCCAAACCCGAAUCCGAUUACCCGGAAAAUUUCCAGGGCAUUGUGAAUGAUUAUGUAACAUCAGUGAAGACAAUGGCUUGUGAGAUUCUAGAACUAUUAGCAGAUGAAUUGAAGCUACAACCCAGAAAUGUGUUCAGCAAGCUGUUGAAAGAUGAACAGAGUGACUCUGUUUUCCGGGUCAACCACUAUCCACCAUGCCCAGAGUUUCAAGAAAACGAAAGAAACGGGUCGAAACUUGUGGGUUUUGGAGAACACACAGACCCGCAAAUCAUCUCGGUUUUGCGAUCCAAUAACACUUCUGGGCUUGAAAUUUCAUUGAGAGAUGGAAGCUGGAUGUCUGUUCCACCUGACUCUGAAUCUUUCUUCAUCAAUGUUGGUGAUUCUUUACAGGUGAUGACCAAUGGAAGAUUUAAGAGUGUGAAGCAUAGGGUGGUGGCCAAUGGUACAAAGAGUAGGGUGUCAAUGAUAUACUUUGGUGGACCACCAUUGAGUGAAAAAAUAGCACCAUUGCCAUCACUUAUGCAAGGAGAGGAGGACAGUUUGUACAAGGAAUUCACUUGGUUCGAGUACAAGAAAUCCGCGUUCAAUUCAAGAUUAUCUGAUAACAGACUUGGCUUGUUCGAAAAAAUCAUUGCGUCUUAGGGUUUUAGCCUUGUGUUAUUUCUUUUGAUUUGUUUAAGGAAUAGGUAUAGAAGUAGUUGUGUUAUGACCUUUAGUUAAGAAUUGUAUAUCUUCCUUGGUUUUUGAUUCAUACUUCCUUUUGAUGUAAACUUCCACUUGUGUCAAAAUUACUUCAUGUAAUGUUGUUUCCUUUGCUAAAGAGUGAAACACAAAUCUUAUUUAUUUUCGUU